AUGCCUUCUGAGCUCCGUAAUAGAAAAGGUGCCUCGGCCACGUUGCGCUCUCCUGAGCCUGUAGAAAAGAAGAAGGCCAAGAAACCUGUUUUCAAAUCUACAGUGGCUGACUCUAAUACUGAUAAUAGAUAUCGUCUGGCCAAGAUCAUUGUCACAGUCUUUGCAUUCGCUACGCGAUUUUAUCUCAUUAACGAUCCUAAGGAAGUUGUGUUCGAUGAGGUGCACUUCGGUAAGUUUGCCAGUUACUAUCUGGAAGGAACUUACUUUUUUGAUUUGCACCCUCCUUUUGCUAAAAUGUUGAUUGCUUUUGUUGGUUGGUUAGUUGGUUAUGAUGGUGCUUUCAAAUUCGAAAAUAUCGGUGAUAGUUAUAUUGCCAACCGGGUGCCUUAUGUUGCUUAUAGAUCUCUGUCAGCUACUUUGGGAGCUUUGACUGUCCCAAUUGUGUUUGAGACUUUGCAAGAGUGUGGCUUCUCGGUUUGGGCAUGUGUUAUUGGUUCGUCAUUAAUUUUGUUCGACAAUGCUCAUAUUGCUGAGACUAGACUUAUUCUGCUUGAUGCUACUUUGAUCAUCUCUGUAGCUCUUAGUUUGUAUGCUUAUGUUAGAUUCUCCAAGCAAAGAGACAGUCCAUUCAGCCGUGACUGGUGGACUUGGCUUUUAGCUACUGGUGUCUCAUUGUCAUUUGUUAUCAGUACCAAGUAUGUAGGUGCUUUCACCUUCACUACUGUUGGAGCUGCUGUCUUGAUUGAUUUAUGGAAUUUGUUGGAUUAUCGUAGAGGACUUUCUAUGAAAGAGUUUGGCAAGCAUUUCUUUGCCCGUCUUUUCUCACUUAUUUUCGUGCCUCUAUGUAUCUUCCUAUUCUGGUUCUGGGUCCAUUUCGCUAUUCUUACCAAGUCUGGUCCUGGUGAUGGUUUCAUGAGCUCUAAGUUCCAAGAGACUCUUGGCGAUAAUAUUCUCGCCAAGCUUGCCAAGCAGGUUAAUUAUUAUGACGAGAUUACCAUUUCUCAUAAAGAAUCACCUUUGUUCUUGAGCUCUGGAUCUAUUCACUACCCUCUUCGUUAUGACGACGGACGUAUUUCUUCUCAGGGUCAACUCGUCUCUACUCAAGAGCUCGUAAAUGGUGCUCCUACCAAUGAUCAGAUUUGGCAGAUUGUUCCAGUAGUCGACUUCCCCGAGGGUCACCGUGAAGGUAUUCCUAUUGAGACUGAGACUCAGGUUCGUCUUAAGCACGUCAGUACCAACAGCUUCCUUCUUGCUCAUGAUGUCGCCUCUCCUUACUACCCUACUAACGAAGAGUUUACUACUGCCAGCUUUGAGGAGGCCGAAGGACCUCGUUUCAACGAUACCCUUUUUGAAAUCAGAUCUGUUACUGGUGAAAAGGAUAUCUUGAAGACCAAGGGUUCGUUCUUCCGUCUUAUUCAUGUUCCUACCAGAGUUGCUAUGUGGACUCAUGACGACAAGCAGCUUCCUGCUGAGUGGGCUAGUGGUCACUAUGAAGUCAAUGGUGUUAAGAACGUUCAUGAACGUACUGCUACGUGGUUUGUCGACGAAAUUGUGAACCUCACUGAUCCAGAGCGUCUUAAAUUCACUCCCAGAGCACCUAGAAAGAUGAAUUUCUUCAGAAAGUACCUUGAGUUGCAAUACACCAUGUUUGCUCAAAAUAAUGCUCUUACCUCGUCUCACCCUUAUGCCUCUGAGCCUAUCACCUGGCCCUUCCUUGUUCGUGGUGUCUCUUUCUGGACUAAGGAUACCGAACGCAGACAAAUCUAUUUCAUUGGUAACUUCAUCGGCUGGUGGAUUGAGGCUGCUAUGCUUGCCAUCUACGCUGGUGUAGUUGUUGCCGACCAGCUGACCAGAAGACGUGCUAUGUAUCCCAUCAACGACGUUGCUCGUAGUAAGAUUUACAACUCGCUUGGAUUCUUCUUCAUCGCUUGGGCCACUCACUACUUCCCAUUCUUCCUGAUGGGUAGACAGAAGUUCCUCCACCACUACCUUCCUGCACACUUGGCAGCUGCCCUUCUUACUGGUGGUCUCUACGACUUUGUCUUCUGCGAGCUGGACGACGAAGCCGUCCACGCUGCUCAAUCCGGCAAGAAACGCUCCAACUGGAGACUCAAAAUCGUCAGUGUCAUCUCGCUAGUCGGCAUCGUCAUCUGCUUUGCCUACUUCUCGCCAUUGACCUACGGAAACACCCCCCUCACCCCCGCAGAGGUCCGUGCCAGACAAUGGAUGGACAUCGAGCUCCACUUCGCAAAAUAA